AUGGCAAAUGUCAAUGGCGCUGGUGCCGUUCCGGUUCCAACCAGUAUUGAGGACGUUGAGCAGGUAAGCACGUUUUGCAAUCUGGCCCAUUGCUUGAGCGAAAUAGCAAGAGCAAGAGCCAUGAGAAGCGCAACGGCGAUAUAUCAGACUCACAAUCCAUGAAGAUGGCAUUUCGGGGUUCGUUGACUAAUAUGCCUACAGAUGAUCAAGACUCUCUAUGCUGGGAGCACGCCUUCCGUUGUUGCGGGGCUUGAUCGCCAGCUGAAGGCCCUCCAAACCUCGUCCGAGGGAUGGCAGAUGGCUGAUGCACUUAUGCGAAGCGACAACGACAAAGUCCGAUUCUUUGGCGUCCUGACCUUUCAGGUCAAACUCAACAAUGAUGGGUCAGUACUGUGGCCCUGAGAUGAGUCCGUGGUGGUGAGACCCUCCGCUUAUGAUGUUCUCUUACAGGGCCAAGCUUGACGCUGAGACUGCGCAGACGGUAUUGAUGAGGCUACUAUCAUGGACCGCGCAAUUGAGCCACGCUGGUGAGACUCACAUGGUGCUGAGGAAGCUUAGCAACGCUCUGACGACAUACUUCAUGCGCUCUCCCAUGUCCUGGAGACGGCCCCUCCUGCAUCUGGCGGCUUCACUUCAGCAGGGCAAUGCUGUUCCCGCGGAACACCUACCGAACUCUCCAGAUGCCCUUGAAAGAUUACUGCAGGUGCUGUCAGAACGUCAGCUCCAGUCCCUUAUUGGCCUCUCGUCUGCCUUAGCAACAGAAGCCGAGAAGCUGGAUAACGCCGCUCAAACAACCAGACAGAAGCAAGAUCAGAUGCUCGAGGUACGAUACGAAUGGCCAACAGGAAACCGUUACCAUCGCAAAGGCCACAUCAGAGCCAAUGAACAGCCCUCAAUACUCCAAUUUGUCACAUCAUUUCUGAAGUUAUGCUGACUCUUUCUCUAUGGCAGGUCGUCGAAGAUGCAAGUAAGGUCAUGCAUUUUGCUUCAAGACAGCCCCUUGGCCCGCAGUCGGGUAACUUCAAGGCUGAGGUACGUUUUCAGUGAGCAGAAGCUGUCCCCACGAUAUCGUUCCUGCCUUAGCCAGUUACCCCAUGUCUUGGCGCCUGAGUUACUGAUUGGCCUUUGACAGAAUUUGUCCUGCUUCUUGAACUGGGUCAACUACGCGCAGCCGCUGUGGACUAACUCCCACCCUGAAGCACUGGGUUACCUCCGAAACUUGGUCACUGGCUUAGCCGCGCACCUCAUGGAUCCGAUACUACAGCACGAGGCCAUGGAUGUAUUCCGAGACAUUUUGGAGACAUUCACUUCAUUCUUCCAACUGCCACAUAUGGUUCUGCUCGCAGAGAUCAUAUAUGAGCACGUUCGGCCAGGAAUGUUGCAGGGCCUGCAAGCUCAAGAACCCGAAGUCUUGCCUGCUGCGCAGAUGGUGAUUGCAUAUGGGGUCGCGAACGUCAAGGAGAUCGUUGAAGAGCAAUAUAGAGUGCACGGGUCGAAGGAGGUCAUCCAACUACUCCUCGCCAUCCUCGAGGCCCCGGGCUAUCCUGGCGAUGACGACGAAGUGUCUUUACACAGCAUCGAGUUUUGGAAUACCUACAUCGAGUACAUUAACGAGGCGAGAUACUCAAGCGACGAGGAGGCUCAGCCAGCUUGGCUUGAGCACGCCAAAGCAGUCUGCAUGCGGCUGUCGAUGCUUCUAUGGUCAAAAUCGAGGACUCCGCCACAAGAAGUUGCCCAAGACUGGAGUGAUGCAGAGCACGACGCUUUCAAGGAAUUCCGCAUGGACGCUGCGGAUCUUUUACUCUCGCUGUUUAUCUUACUGGGCAACGAAAUGCUGCAGCAAUACAUCACACUCAUCUUGAACGCGCUGGCAUCGGAGGCAUGGCUAGACGUCGAGGCUGGCUUGUGCUGCAUCAACUCCCUGGCAGACAACGUCUUGGAAGAUCCAGAAUCCGAGAGACUGCUCGUACAAGUCUUCAGUUCGCCUUUGUUCCGCGAGAUUGCCGACUUCGACAAAAACAUACCAUCCCAGGCUCGGAGAACAGCAAUCGACACGCUGGGAAAGUACGGUGGAUACAUUGAACGCCAUGCCGAAUUCUUACCGGACACUUUGCGAUUUCUAUUCGCGUCACUCGAGACCCAAGGCUUCCACCUAAGCGCUUCGAAAUCGAUUGACAGCUUGUGUUCAGCAUGCCGGGGCAGCCUUACGGGCGAACUAGAUGGCUUCAUCACACAAUACAAACAAUUUUCUCAAAGCGAGACGAGCGAGCCAUACACCAACCAGAGAGUCAUUGGUGGCAUUGCCGCGAUUGUACAGGCAGUGGCACCCGAGAGCGCUAAGGCCCAGCCACUUUCUGCUCUUCUCGACAUUGUUGAUACGAUGGUUGAUGUUGCGAAGCAAUAUGUAGCACAAAGCAAUCACGACCUGGCGCAUGACCAUGGUGUUUCGGCCAUUGAUUGCCUUGUUCGCAUGGGAAAGAGCUUGCAGAUCCCUGACGAUGUUCCUGUUGUCGUUCUCGAUGAUGACGAGAAACCAAAGGAUCAGAGUAGCUUCUGGCUAUCUGAGACCGGCCAGGGUAUUCAGCAUCGAAUCCUCGGCAUCUGUAAUACGGUACUGCAGAGUUUCCCGGCAUCAGGCGAGGUUGUGGACAGCGUCUGUGGCGUCUUUAAGAGCGGCUUCGCAGAGACAGAACCUGGACCUUUCGUUUUCCCACCCGACUUCUGCGUAAUCUUUCUGGAACAAUGCACUGUCGCCACUCCCCGAGUCGAGGCCGUCCUCUCGAUGGUCAUGAAACUGUUGGUGCAGCACUCCAGACAAAGCAGUCCACGGAUAGACGCUCUUGCCGGACGAAUUUAUCGAAAGACUGCGACCUUCAUCCAAGCACUUGGGCAGUCGUCUCAGGAUCCUGCAAUUGCACAGUGUUGUAUUGAUGUCUUCUAUAGAAUGAUCCCUCGGUACAGCAACAUCCUUGUGGACGUGGGGUCUUCCGGCGAGCUUGUGCAGCCGAUCUUAGAUUUCACAUUGAGAGCGAUUGAGGGACCGGAUCUUUUCCCUAAGAGAGCCGCUGCUGAAUUCUGGACCGCCAUCAUCAAGCCACAGGAUGUGGCCGCAGAUCCGGCGGUGCGAGAGCGCUCCGAGCAAGUUUUCACUGCUUAUGGCCCGCAGCUCGUUCAGGUACGUAGCCACAAGCGAGACAAAACGAUGUUCCGCAAGGGAACAAGGGAGCAGACUCCGUUCCCACUGGGUAUACUUUCACGUCGAAACAUGUCAGCUGACCUUUCAUCGCAGAUACUCGUCAACCAAUACGCAGGACAAGCCCAGCGCUCCGAGCUCGAUCAACUCUGCGAACCUCUCAAGGUGCUCGUUACUAGGCCUCAAGCCAAGAGCUGGUUGGAAGCCGCGCUCUCCACCGAGGCCGUGCAGAGAAGUAGCGAAAACGUGGACAAACGUCGCUUUCUGCAGACCAUCCUUGGUCUCCGAGGCGACGGCAGAAAGACGAAGGAGGCAGUGAAGCGAUUCUGGGCAGCGUGUCGUGGCACCGUGGCCAGCUACGAUAUAGGAUAG